AUGAAACUGGAGAAAAUGAUCAGAGACGGAGGGGACAGGCUAGCCAUCCUUUGUCAUUGGGACAACCUGACCACCAACUGGGACCUCUUCGUGGAGUUCGUCAGCAACCUUCCCGAUUUGAUGUUCUACCUACAAUCGAGAAAUCGAGCCUACCGAAUCGAGCGGGACGGGCAAGCCCAACAACAGCUACUCCCUCGCUCAAACACCCCGGAAUACUCACUAAUCUACGUCAACACAUCCGAGUUGAAGAAGGGGCCCCGGCCCGAGGUCUACGGCGACGGCGGUCCAGACUUGACGACCGAUCGAGGACGCUGGCAGUUUUUGCGAAUGGUUAUGCGGGACACUGAGGCCUGA